UUGAAAUCCAUCUUGUACUCAGGCUGAUAUCUUCAACACCCCUGCGAUGGUCUGUCUUUUAAUCUCUUGUGCUGCAGUUCACUGCUAAAGGCUUCUAUCCGUCCCCAUAUGUCUGUGCCGUAUUUAUACAACCGUUCUUAUAUUCUGGUCGUCCUUGCCACAUGCAGGCAUCACUCCACUUCUGCUCAGAGUGCAAUAAUCUGCUUUACCCAAAGGCUGACACUGGGCGUCGCAUCAUGGUUUACGCUUGUCGAAUAUGUAGCGAAGAGGAGAUCGGCGAGAACAAGUGUGUCUACAGGAAUGAUUUACUAACAGUCACCAAAGAACAGGUGGGAAUUACUACCGACCUGGGAUCGGAUCCCACAUUGGCGCACUCAAAUAUUACAUGUCCGCAUUGUGGCCAAGACGACGCCGUUUUCUACCAGGAUCAGUCAAAACGGAAGGAAACCCGCAUGAUUCUGUUUUUCGUGUGUACCAAGUGUAACCACAGUUUCACGGAUCCUUCGCUCCCGCAGGACAAUCGACCUGACACCUCCUGACGCUCGCAGCUAAAUCGUUAUCAAUUGCAUCUAUUUCGCACAAUCUGUAAUUUACCUCCCUUCAUAAUCGGUUAUUUCCUAUCA